CCUUCUUACAUAAACCACCUCCCUCCCUCCCUCCCUCCCUCCCUCAUUCACACCGAUACAUUUCACAAACAAUAGAACACCAAAAACUUCUAAUCGAAUCCGUGGCGGAAAAUGAAAUAGAGUUUGAUUAUAUAUAUCAUUGUGACAAUGAAUAUCUUCUUCCUAUGGAUUCAUUGUUGUUGCGUAUCUUAAAAAGGUAUUAUCUGGGCUCAAUUGCAUCUGAUUCCUAUUAAGGCUUAUUCUUGUUGUGAGAGUUGGAUGUAAUUAGAAAGGAGAAAAAAAAAAUUUGAAUCGGAAGCAAAUGUAUAUUUCACGGAUAGGUUUGAGUCGAAGUUUCCCGCCGCUUUCAGGGGGAUAUAGUGAAAUUCUAGGGUUAGGGUUGGAUAUCGUCUUUCUCUAGCCUCUUCUUUGCUUUUGGUCUAGAGAUUAGGGAUCUCAAAUUGCCGGUGAAUCAAUGGCUAAUUGGGAGAUCUGGGACUUAGGCGAUUGACCUCCUUAAUAUAGAUUCAAAUCAGAUUCGAUUUUGUGAAAUGAGAGGCUCGAUUCUCACCGUUUUGUCAAUGGAGAAUCAUCAUCAUCAUCCUUCAACGCACUUGUCCAUGGACUCUACCGGCUCCUCCUCUCACGAAGAACUCGAUCUCGAGAUGAUGAACAACAACGGUAACCGCCAGAUCACUCUCUACAACCCGCCAGACAUCAACCUCCCCUUGUCCGUAGGACGAAGCUGCUCCAUGUCUUGGAACUUGGACAACAUUUUGGACGUUGGUCUCAGCUCCCAUGUCUACGAGACCACCACCACCACCGAGACGUUCCUCAACGUCGUGGUCCCCAGUAAAGUCAGUAAAAAAUGCUUGAAACGUGGAGAUAGCAUGUGGGGAGCUUGGUUCUUCUUCAGCUUCUACUUCAGACCGGCCUUGAACGACAAGUCAAAGUCUAAAGUCGUUAGAGAAACUGGUAACGUAGGAGGAGGAGGAGGGUGUUUUAGUGGUUUUGAUAAAUCUGAUCUCAAGCUUGAUGUGUUUCUUGUUCAGCAUGAUAUGGAGAACAUGUACAUGUGGGCUUUUAAGGAUAAGCCCGAGAACGCUCUCGGGAAAAUGCAGCUGAGGAGCUAUAUGAAUGGACACUCGCGUCAAGGCGAGCGUCCGUUUCCCUUCAGCGCGGAGAGAGGGUUUGUUAGGUCUCACAGGAUGCAGAGGAAGCAUUACAGGGGACUCUCUAACCCUCAGUGUCUUCACGGGAUCGAGUUCGUGGCGUCCCCGAGUCUCUUGUGCGUCAGCGAGGAAGAUAAGAAGAGGUGGUUGGAGCUGACGGGUCGAGAUUUGAAGUUCACUAUCCCUCCUGAUGCUAGUGACUUCGGUUCCUGGAGAAACCUUCCCAACACGGACUUCGAGCUGCCUCAUGUUACAAAACAGGGUUUGAAUUGCGCUAAGAAGAUCCUUAACGGUUCGGGAUUGCAUUUAACAAGCAAUGCUUCUUUCAGCAGCAAUGGUGACUCAUCAGAUCAAUCUCCAGGAGGAGGAGGAGGAGGGAACAGUAAUAAGAAGAGGAAAGAGUUCUUAUCUCCUGGAAGCAGCGAAGAAGAAUGUUGCUUGACUGUUGUUAACAACCAUGCCAAGGACCCGCCCGGUUGGGCUAACGACUUCACUGGAGUGAUGAAGAACGUUCACGGGCCUCCCACUGCUGCCAAAACCAUCUACGAAGACGAAGAAGCUUACCUGGUCGUGGUAACUUUACCGUUUGUGGAUUUGAACAGCGUGAAGGUCUCAUGGAGGAACGGUAUCACGAACGGAAUCGUUAAGGUCACGGGGUCAAGCACGUCGAGGGCUCCUUUAGUGAAGAGGAGAGAGCGUACUUUCAAGCUGGUUGUUGAUCAGACGGCUGAGCAUUGUCCUCCGGGGGAGUUCAUGAGGGAGAUACAGUUGCCAAAUCGGAUUCCGGAGGAAGCCAACAUCGAAGCAUAUUUUGAUGGGACAGGACCGGUUCUUGAGAUCCUGGUGCCGAAAUUGAAGGGAGGAGUGGAGGAAGAACACGAGGUUAGAGUUUGUCUAAGGCCGCACCACCUUGGAGGAGUUAGUUGAGGUUAAGUUGACCUGAUGAAAGAUGUAACCAUGUUUUUAUUUAUGUAUUUGUAGAAAAGAUCAUAUUGUACAAUGGGAAAAAUAAGCCAAAGCAGAAGUGUAAUCCUAAGUGUAACCCUAUUGAGAUUUUCUUUUAUUU